CGCAGUGCUGUGCAUUCUGCGCGCCAUUUGCUGGCCUAUUCGAGCUGUACAGACUUGGCCAGCGGUAGAAUGCCCUUGCGUAGAUUGCGAAUGACAGACACGUUUCUGCCCCUGCUCUCGUUCAGGAAGCUCGCCGAGCAAGUGAAGCUGAUGGGGAUGAGAUCCUGGUACCUUUGA